ACAUUGUGUUUGUUCGAGGAUGAAAAAGGAGAAUACUAGGCUCGGUUUCCAGCCGUGACUACGUCGCGCUCCGCUAAUGGGAGAGGAUCGCGUACGCACCGAAACCACUACGGCAGGAAACAGAGCCUAGGAGAAUACUCAAGUCCUUGGCAGCUGGGACCCCUGUGUCAACUACCAGUAUUUUUGGGAUACCUGUGGAACAUGAAAAAAGCCUCCCUUUCUUCCAAAAUGGCGGACAAAAUGAUAUACAAAAGAUCCUCCAAACACAAAGACAUUGAAUCGGCUCAAAGAGACACAAGUAGAAAAAAUCAAAAAGACCAACAACAUAGCAGAUACUUCAAAUCAAUACCAAAUCUGGCUCAGCCGAUUUUAGGAACAAAAAAAACUACCAGGCUUCAAAAAAGGGGAAAUGGUGGAGUUGAGGUUCACAUCGCAUCAAAGUGUUUAAAACUGGACGUCACUCAACAUACUGGAAGACUAGGGAGAUUAUUUUAUGAUAUUCCUACUAUAGACCUUGCAAAGGAUUUGCUCGGCAAGCUUUUAUACCGUGUGUUGACAGGGGGUGAAGUCGUGAUCGGUCGUAUUGUGGAGACAGAGGCCUAUCUUGGUAGAACCGACAAGGCUUGUCAUUCGUUUGGCGGUAAGCGAACGGCGAAAAACGAAGCGAUGUUCAUGGAACCAGGCACGGCUUAUGUAUACUUCAUCUACGGGAUGUAUUAUUGUCUGAAUAUCUCGGGUCGCGAGGAAGGCGCUUGUGUGCUGAUCAGAGCUCUGGAACCAGUCAAGGGACUUGAUACAAUGAGAAAAUUCCGAGGAGCUAAACACAAGGACAAGGGAGCAGGUCUAAAGAAAAUCCAGCUAUGUAAUGGACCCUCUAAGCUCUGCCAAGCAUUAGACAUCAACAAGACAAACCUAAAUAAAAAAGAUCUGGUAACAUCUAACCGAUUUUGGAUUGAGGAAGAUGAUAGUGGUGGAAGGUUUAAGGUGGUGACAUCUCAUAGAAUAGGGAUUGAUUCGUAUGGUGCCGAAGCCUCAUCACAGCCUUUGAGAUUUUAUGUUUAUGGAUGUAGAAGUGUCAGUGUUAGAGAUAAGAAGGCUGAGGCUGAAUUAAAUUAAUAAAUCUUUUGGUGAACUA